AGCCUUGAUCGAUAGUUUUGGGGCAGCAAGGCUCGUGUGGAGCUUCCUGUUGCUGCUUUGAGGAAGAUUUGGAAGGCUUGUAGGGAAUGGCGUCAAUGAGCUUGCCUCCUGGUUUCCGUUUCCAUCCCACGGACGAGGAGCUCGUCGCCUACUACCUCAAAAGAAAGAUCAACGGACGCGAGAUUGAGUUGGAGAUCAUUCCUGAGGUCGACCUGUACAAGUGCGAGCCAUGGGAUCUACCAGAGAAGUCGUUUCUGCCGAGCAAAGACCUGGAGUGGUACUUCUUCAGCCCGCGAGAUCGCAAGUACCCCAAUGGUUCGAGGACGAACCGGGCAACUCGGGCUGGCUACUGGAAGGCCACCGGGAAGGACCGAAGGGUGAGCUCGCAACGGCGGGCGGUGGGGAUGAAGAAAACCCUGGUUUACUACCGAGGACGAGCACCGCAUGGCUCUCGAACCGAUUGGGUCAUGCACGAAUACCGCCUCGACGAGAAUGAAUGCGAGAACGCCUCCGCAGGUCUGCAGGACGCGUACGCUCUGUGCCGCGUGUUUAAGAAGACUGCACCAGGCAUUAAGCAUUCCGGUCUGCCAGCCGAUCGAUCACCGAUUGUGGAUGUCUCUUCCGAGGGGAGAGGCGACGACCUCGAGAGCUGCGGCGUUCCUUUUCCGAACGACGUGUGCUCGUCGGAGAUGGUGCAUGGCCAAGGGGCAUUUCUUGCUGCAAGCACUCCGGUGGAUGGCAGGUGGAUGCAGUAUCUAACCGAAGAAGAAGAAGCAUACAGUCCAGGAAGUUUCUCUUACAUGCCAUCAAAGGUAGAUGUGGCAUUGCAGUGUGCGAGGCUUCAACACAGACUCUCCUUGCCUCCACUGGAGGUGGAGGACUUCUCUCAGAUCAACCUCACCGAGUCGAAGAUCCUGCAUUCUGGCAACUAUGGGGAUACCGGGAACCAAGUGGACAUCAUCCAGGAGAUCUUGUCGGUCGCCUCGGCCUCCCAAGAACUGAUCAACAACUCCGGCUGCCAUGACAUGUGGGUUGGAGCUAAUCCUCAUGGUGAAGAAGAAUUUGCUUCUUUCUUCGAACUCGAUAAAGGAAGCGACGGCAUUCAAUUCCCCCAAACAUCAUUUAUGAGUUCCUUAAGAUCCAUAGCUAAGUCGAGCAAUGUUGGGGAGCUGCCUACAAAGCUUUUCGAGAUAAGCGAUCUCGAAGAAGAGUUCAAGGAGGAGGAGAAGAGAGUGGAGAAUCUGAGAGAUAGCUUUGGAAGCUGAGAGAGUGCAGCACUGGAAAGCAUUCCAACCUAUCAAUUCGGAGAGGCUGUAGACUAUAAAGAUUGCCCGGAGAAGCUGAUGGGUGCUGAUGUUGCCGCUGGUGACGAGAUCGAAGAAAGUUGAGUUCCAACAUGGACUAUCUGUGUCGCCGCAUUGUGGCAUGAUCGGAACAUUCUUCCACCAUAUCGAACUCUCCAAGGUCAACUUCCAUCUGAAUCCAGUUGCAAGGCAAGACAUGGAUGCAGAGACGUUCGAAUUCGGGGCAAAAAGUUAGAGGCACAACUUCAAUUUUUUAGCAGGUUCAAGGCAUUCAUACGGGACAAUUAAUCUCAUAGGAAACAAUGCAGAAGCUCCCUCUCCUAGGCAAUGGAAGAGUGACUGAGAAGAAGAAAAAGAGAGGGAAUAACAUUUGGUUUCUAUAUAUGAGGAGGGCCAUUUCCAGAAUGGUUUUACAUGGGAUUUUGAGCUUCCUCGCUUUGCUUUGUCUUCAGCACUGGUAGGAUCAUAACCCUAGAACUUGGAUGUCCACCAUUUGCUUGUAACAUACAGAAGGAUACCGAUUGAUAUUAUACUGAAAUGUGAUCGAUACUAAUGCAAUUGUAACAGUACUCCCAUUACAAGCUCAGAAAUGAGUGUACAAAUUGUUUGCAGUUUUAUCUUUAUAAAUAAAAAGAUUAUUUCGGUAU